AUGCUUGUGAUUGCAUACGUCUCAUUUGGCAUUCUUUCAGGCCUCUGUGCUCUGUUUCACUUCAAGUGCAAGACAGGACAAGCUGACGAAAUGACGAUAGCUAACCCCAACUUUGUAGCUUUCCAAAACAGUUACUUUAAGGUUUACUUUCCAGCAUUAAUGGCAGAAUGGCUUCAGGGACCGUACUUGUACAAGCUAUAUAGCCACUACGGCUUCAUUGACACACAGAUUGCCAUCAUAUAUGUGUGUGGCUUUGCUUCAAGUGUUGUGUUUGGAACAUCUGCUGGUUAUUUUGCUAGUGCCUUUGGGCGUAAAAAGGCUUGCGUAGUCUUCACCUUAUUGUACUCUUUAUGCUGUAUAACUAAGCUGUCAAGAAAUUAUGCCAUUUUGAUAUUUGGGAGAGUUUUAGGUGGCAUCUCUACAUCAUUGUUAUUCACAGCCUUUGAUGCAUGGUACUUAUAUGAACACACCCAAACCCACAGCUUUCCAAAUGAAUGGGUCGCGGCAACAUUUGCCAAAGCAACACUCUACAACAGUGUGAUCUCUGUAGUGGCAGGGAUUCUAGCAAAUACUAUAGCUGAAUGGAUGAGAUUUGGUCCUGUCGCGCCUUUUGUUCUGGCGAUACCAUUUCUUAUAACUGCUGGAAUUUUAAUUCAGCUCACGUGGGAUGAAAACUAUGGUGGGAAACAACUCAAAGUUAUUCAGCCCUGUAUGGAGAGCCUUCGCUACAUUGUAACCAACAACAGAGUCAUGUUGAUUGGAACUGUUACCUCUCUAUUUGAAAGUGCCAUGUACAUUUUUGUAUUUUUGUGGACACCAGUGCUGGACAGAGCCCAUCAUUACCCUCCUUUGGGAAUUGUCUUCUCCUGUUUUAUGUUAUGUGUGACACUGGGCAGUUUUUUGUUCAACUUUACAAUUAAACAUGGAAUUCGACCAUCUAGUGUAGUCAUUUUAACUGUGAUUGUUGCAUCAUUGGCCAACAUUGGAGCAGCGUUUGCUAGUGCCAAUCAUCCACGGACAUCGUUUUUGAUGUUUGUUAUCUUGGAGCUGGCUUGUGGGGUCUACUUCCCAGCAAUGGGUUGGCUGCGGCAAAGAAUACUUCCCGAAGCUCACCAUGCAGGUAUUAUAAACUGGUUCAGAGUUCCACUGAAUGCAAUUGCCGCAGUUGUUUUGAUGUUGCUCCAUGACACACAUAGCAGUCAUGGAAUAUCUGCUAUAUUUGCUCUUUGUUCAAUACUAUUGGCUAUUGCAGGAAUUGCUGCUGUUAGACUUUUUGUUUUGACAAGAAAUGAUGAUAACUUGAAAAUUAUUCAUGACGAGGAAGAGGGACUGUCAUAA